AUGCUAGACAUGAGCGACAAGCUUCUUCGUAUAACUAUAGACGAACCUCUGGACUGGACUGUCGAAAACCCAUUUCGUGAACCUACACCACCGCCUCCACCGGAAACUGUACAUCUGAUUGAAUAUUUGUGCAAUUUGAAGAAUUGCUCUCUGAAAGAACUUCAUGUUCUCUUCCACAAUCUUGAGGAGCGUCGGGAAAUAAUUAAUCAUCUGCGCCGAAAUGUUGAACUACGUACAUGUCAUCUCAAACCUUGCUGCAAAAACUUUAUUGUUCACUGCAAUGAUCUGACUGUUCGAUCGGCAAGUGUGGUACAUGCUAUGGGCGGAUAUUUGAGCAUAACGGUCCGUGGAUACUACUACAUCAAACACAAAGUCAAACUGGAGCAUCCCUAUUUGCCUUGUAUCAUUGAAUUUGGUGGAGGGCGUCACCGUUCUUACUACCCGUUGGAGGUUCUUUCUGUGACUGAGAAUAAGAUGAAAAGAUGUUUUUGAAUUUUUUAAAUAAAUAUUUU